AUGACCAACAAAGAUUCCGUCCCUAUGUCCUCCCCCACUCUCAACUACAUGACUCGCACUCGCACAUGGCCCGGAAAUCGUCGUGGUAGCGGCAGCGGCAGUACGCCUUCUGUCCCUAUUGGUGACGCAGCGCGAGUUCAGUCCAUCCUUCAAGGCAUGCGAGCGAUUGCCCGUCCCAAUGGUGAACCAAGACGAUCUGUCUUGGAGAUAUUAGAUGAUGCCAUUGCUCUCGAAGAUACCUAUCAGCGCAGUUGCCACCAGAACCCGCAGCGGGACGCCAAUGGGGAUGACACGCAAUAA